AUGGCACUAGUAGAUGAAACCAUUAAUGGCGCAAGUGGAGCUACAAGUCAAACUCAUGAUCAAAAUUCACAGCAAACUGAUGAAGAACACCACAAUCAUCCUCUUUGCAUUCAUCCUUUGAAUACACAAGGUUCAGUUCUCAUCUCUAUAAAGCUUCAAGGUUCUAAAAAUUACUCGUUAUGGAGUAAAUCUCUGAAAAUUGAUAGAUGUAAUGCAAUUGUGUUUGCGUGGAUUAUGAACACUGUUUCAAAGUAUUUGGUUAGUGCUGUGAUUUACGGUUCUGAUACGCAUGCUGUGUGGGAAGAUCUAAGAGAGAGAUUUGAUAAGGUCAAUGCUUCUAGAGCAUUCUAUUUGCAUAGGGAGAAUGCGCCUCUUACUCAAGGUACUUCCUUUGUAUUAGUAUACUUCACUAGACUUAAAGAGUUAUGGGAUGAGUUUGGUGCAUUGAAGUCAAGUUCUCAUGACUUCUCCUUACCUAAUAUCAAUCGAGCCUAUGCCAUGAUCAUAAUUGUUGAGAGUCAAAGGAAGAAUCUACAGGGAAAUAACAUGUUCACUCAAGGUGAGAGUAGUGAGUCUGCUUUGAUGAGUAAUAGGAUUCAAAACAUUGGAGGCUAUAGCAAUCUUAGUGGUAGUCAUGGGAGUUUGAAUAAGUCUGCUAUGCAGAGUAAUAGAAUGUCAAAUAAUGGAGGAGGUAAUGGUGGUUUCAGGUCCAGAAACAACUCUGGAAAAUCAUCCAUAUACUGUGACCAUUGCAAGUUUAGGGGUCACACCAAGGAUAAUUGUUACAAGCUACAUGGUUAUCCAUCAGACUACAAAUACAAAAAGAAAGGAGGGUACUCUAACACCUAUGCUAACAAUGCUACCAACACUGGCAACCUUUCUCCAGAUGAUCAAGGAUAUGCAGCUCAGUAUUCUUCUCAGGUCAACAAUGUUCCUUUGCCUUCUCAUUUCAACACCCUCAACAUAACUCUUCUAUCAGUUCCACCAUUUACAUCAGAACAAUACUCUCAAAUCCUUAACAUGCUAGGCAAAGGAAAAGGUAAGAUGGUUGAUGCAGUAGCAAACACAGCAAAGGUUGAUUCUGCAGAAACAUCUGGUACAUCAGGAUUCAAGUACAACCUGCUAUCAUUAGUAUCAAAAAUCACAACGGAAUUAGAUUGUGCAGUGCUAUUCUUUCCUUAUUUUUGUGUGUUUCCGGAACUCUCAAGUGGGAAGGUGAUAGGGAUUGGUAAAAAGGAAGAUGGUCUCUACAUCCUCAAAGCUAGUAGUGCAGAUGUGGUUCUACCUCUGUGUAAUACCAGUUCGUUAUGGCAUAAGAGGUUAGGAUAUGCUUCUCUGAGAGUUGUAAGAUUUAUUCCUUAUCUGAAGAAUGCGAAGUUUACUGAUCAUGUUUGUACUAUGUGUCCUAUUGCUAAGCAAACUAGGAGUCAUUUCCUAUUGAGUCAUACUGUUUCUCCUUGUGUAUUUGACCUAGUUCUUGCUGAUGUAUGGGGACCCUAUAGAGUUCCUACUCAUAAUGGAAGGAGAUAUUUCUUGACACCAGUUAAUGACUAUUUAGUUGGUACUGAAGUUAAGUGUCUAAGGACUGCUAAUGGCAUUGAGCUUUUAAAUGAGCAUGUUAGAUGUUUGCUCAAGGAUAAAGUGGUAGAGAGGAGACAUGGAUCUAUACUAGAUAUAGCCAGGGCUCUAAGAUUUCAGACUGGUGUUCCUCCAAGUUUUCCUGUAAUUGAUUUGCCUAACUAUGAGAUUCCUUCUUCUUGUCCUUCUACUCAGCCUACUACAGUAACUCCUGAUGUGUGUGGGUCUUCACCAACCCUAUGUAUCACCUCAUCACCUGCCCAGGAUCCUUCUACUCCUAUUACUCCUACUAUUUCUCAAAUAGCAUGUCUUAUUCCUGAUCCUGAACCCAGACAAUCCUCCAGAACUAGUAAACCUCCAAUUUGGAUGCAUGGCUACUUUGUCCCCUCCAGAGAUUCAGCCUGCUCAUAUCCUUUGAGCAACUAUAUGUCCUAUGACAAUCUCAGUCCCACAUAUAAGCUAUCCUUGGCAGCUUUUUCUACUAUCUUUGAACCUAGAUCUUACACCGAAGCAAGUAAGGAUCCUCUUUGGGUGGCUGCUAUGAAAGCAGAAAUCUCAGCUUUGGAAGAAAACAAGACUUAG